UGUUAUUAGACCACCAAUAUUGAUUUGUCAACGAUCUUUUGUACGAUAACGCGUUUGGAACAAUGAUAUGUUUGUAAUGGAAGUUGUGACUUUGACUUUUCGUGCAGCAAAGUGGAAGUUAAGUUGAUGGGAAAAUUCUGAUUUAAGGAGCGAACAACUGCUGUCAACAAGUCUCUAACAUGGAAUCACGUGAAACAAAAAAUUUAAGGUUUGAAGAUAUUAAAUAUUUUGUCAUUCAGGGGAGAGCUGGGAAGAAAUUCAUUCUUAAAGGAAUAACUGGGGAGUUUAAAUCUGGUGAAUUAAGUGCAAUUAUGGGACCCAGUGGAGCUGGCAAAAGUUCACUUAUGAAUAUUUUAGCUGGAUAUUGUACAAAGAACGUCAUUGGUGACGUUUAUGUCAGUUCUUUGCCAAGAAACCUGCAGCAAUUUCGGAAGAUGUCUUGUUACAUUAUGCAGGAUGACUUGUUACUUCCACAUCUGUCCAUAGAUGAGGCGAUGAUGUGCAGUGCCAACCUUAAAUUAAGCGAAAAAACUAGUCAUGCAUCAAAGCGAAAAAUUGUGGAUAACAUCAUAAACUUGCUUGGAUUAAGAGAAGCUGUACAUACUAGAACAUCACAGCUAUCUGGUGGCCAAAAGAAACGCUUAGCAAUCGCUCAAGAGUUAGUAAACAACCCUCCAAUAAUGUUUUUUGAUGAACCAACAAGUGGAUUAGAUAGUGCUUCAUGCUACCAUUGUAUUUCUUUGUUACGUCGACUGGCACGCGGUGGUCGAACAAUAAUUUGUACAAUACAUCAACCAAGUGCAAAAAUUUUCGAAUUAUUUGACCAUCUAUAUUUCCUAACUGAUGGACAUUGUAUCUAUAGAGGGCCAGUUUCAUGUUUAGUUCCUUAUCUGGCUACACAAGAUUUGAUCUGUCCAUCUUACCAUAAUCCUGCUGACUACUUCAUGGAAGUCGCUUGUGGAGAGCACGGUGAUCAUAACAUGCGAUUAGCUAUGGCUGCACGUCGUGGAGCACUUGAUGAAACUAUAACUUAUCUGAAAGAGAAUAAAGCAUUUUUGAACACAGCACACGAUGAUCAAACUGACUGUCCUAUAGAUAACGUUCAGUUAAUUGUUGCAUCGUCUACUCUUUCUUCUUCUUCAUCUUCUUCGUCUUCUACUACAUUUCAUUCACCUAUUAAAAAGAUUAACAACAAUUUUAGGAAGAAUUCUAAACAGCAUGGAAAGAAUGAUACAUCACAAAUGGAAAUGUCUGUUUUUCUACCUCAUACCAAUGGGCCUGUACUUACUGUAAAUCAAUCAAUUGUCAGUUCCGAUUGUAUAAAAUAUGAUGAUCCUAGUCGAGAGUUUGCUGCCAACCAGUUAACACAGUUUCGAGUUCUUUUUGUGCGAAAUAUCUUUUCAAUUAUGCGUGAUUCGACACUGACACAUCUUCGUUUCGUAUCGCAUAUAGUAGUCGGCAUUUUAAUUGGUCUUUUAUAUUUUCGUAUUGGGAAUUUGGGUUAUGAAGUGAUAAGUAAUGCAGCAUUUGUCUUCUUCACUUUACUAUUUCUUAUGUUUGCUGCUUUAAUGCCAACUGUAAUGACAUUUCCUCUUGAAAUAUCCAUAUUCUUCCGUGAACACUUAAACUCAUGGUAUAGUUUAAAGGCCUAUUAUUUGGCAAAAUCAUUCGCUGAUGUACCAUUCCAAAUAUUUUUUCCUAUUGUUUAUGCUAGUAUCACCUAUUGGAUGACUGAACAACCAAAAGAUGCUUUGCGAUUUUUCCAGUUUCUUGUUAUAUCUGUUCAAACAUCACUAGUCGGUCAGUCAUUAGGUCUUGUUAUUGGUACAGCAACAUCAUUACAGGUAGCUGUAUUUUUGGGGCCUGUGACUGGUAUUCCAAUUCUUUUGUUCUCUGGAUUUUUUCUCAGUUUAUAUUCUAUACCGAAGUAUUUACAAUGGCUUUCGUAUAUAUCAUUCACUCGUUAUUCUUUUUCGGGUGCACUCAAGAUUAUCUAUGGAAAUAAUCGUACAGAUCUUGAUUGCCUACGUAAACGAGCCAACAGAAUAAGUUAUCCCUGUCUUGGUAAACCAGCAAUGGUAUUUCAAGCACUAAAUAUUCCAGAAUAUGAUGUUUCUAUUGAUUUCUGUGUACUGUGUAUAUUUUUUAUUUUGUUACGCAUACUCGGUUAUUAUAUCCUUCGAUGGCGUGUACGGGGUCAACACUAAAAUAUGCAAUCCUCUUUUUCCUCAAAUUUCAGAUAGUGUUUCUAUAUUUAUCUCAUGAAACUAUCGGUCACAUUCUAAUUUUAUUGGUUUACAUGAUUUGUUGGAGUUUUUUCUCUUGUUAACAUGAAGUGAACAACUUUUGUAUUAAACUUACGCCACAACAUUCUCAUUUUCAAUCCUUAUUGUUAGAUUGGUUCUCCAACUUACAUACUUUCCUCCUGCUCUGAUUAUGCUAGUCGAUUAUGGAUUAUAAUAUUUACCUUUUACAGAAAUUUUAAUUUGAAAAAGCAUUUGCAGCCAUCAUAAAGCACCAUCAUUUUAUCAUUAAUAUCUAGAAAGAUUUAGAAAAAGUAUCAUUUUUACUUGUAUAUCAGUCGGUUCAUUUAUGUUAUUGUACAAAUUCUUCUUCUUAUCCUUUAAAAUUUUUAUUCCCUAGUCAUACUGUCCACUGGUACCCCAUGAAAUUUCUUUCUUCCUCAAUGUACUUAUUUAUCUAUAACUUUACUCUUGAUUAUUUGUCUAUUACCCUAUAUUUCCGCUACAUAACUUUCAUGCUUAAUCUUCAUUUUCAUAUUAUCCUUUUACUAGACAGAAUCAUGCUGAAAAAUUAAGAUCUACUGAGUCUAAUAACUGUGAAAGUUGUCUGUUUCACUUUGUUUCCAUUAUUCUUCAAUAUUUUUAUUCAUCAAAUUUACUUUGUGUUUUUUGGAUUCCUUUUGUUUUUUCUUUAUACAUGGUUGGAUUUUGUUUUCUCAUUUCUAGUAUAUUCAAAGAAUUUCUAAGUUCAAUAUCAUGUCAAAUAUUGUUCAACUCUUUUCCUUUUUUGUGAAAUUUUUUUCAUCAUAUAAUUUAGCUAAUUUCGGUUAUUUUUGUAUCAACUGUUUCCCAAAUGAAGAAAACUGAGCAGUUACUAAUUAAAUUCUGAAAAAAAUAAAACGCAGAAAGGGAUGAACUUCAUGAGCCUCUUAUUCGUAACUUUUGGACCACAGUGAUUUGGAAUCAACACGAGUUGGUCACCAGUGGGUCUCCAGCACUUUUCACUGAUUGAAAUUCAUCCGUCUAACACUCUGGAAAAUGCCGUCAAAUAACAACUACAUAUUGGCUUCCUGCUGACCACAUCUACUGAGAAUGGAGCAUGCCACUGGCCACCGCUGAUGGAGUUAGUUUCAAGACACAUCUUUUAUUAAUAAUGAUUGAAGAAAGAGAGAGAGUGGAUACAGUGGUUGGAAUAUUGAAGUUGACUAUAGGAUUUCAGGUCAUUUUGAUGAUGCUGUACACUUUUCUAACUUUAGGUGGUGCAUAUCAUUUAGCACAAAACUUAUUUAUUUAAAAUAACUGCAUAAUUGUUCGUUCACUUUUGCCGGAAAUUUUCGACUGCUUGAUAGGAUGGCUGUGGAAUCUGAGAUAAUUAACUCCAGAAGCCUUCCCCAAUCUGUUGGUUAGAGUUCUGCUGUGGCCUUGACGUUUAUUCAGUGUUAGCUAUUAUCAAACCAAAUCUCUCACACAAUUUAACGAAUAACUGAUGCAACUGUUGUCAUCAUUUGUCUUGGUUGCCUCUUUCUUUUAGUCAUCUCUAUUUAGUUUUGCAUGAUUAUAGUCAGUUGCAAACCGCACUAUUUAAUUGUUGAUUCUCUUUUCUUCUUACUAACUAUCAUAUAGGCUAUCUUUUAUGCAACAGUAGGUUUGAACAUUCAUAAAUUACAUUGUACCUGUUUUAUUCUUUAACGACUGUCUUCCUUUCCCCGACUACUAACUGGCCGUCGAUAAACAUCUGAGUACUACUCUUUUUACCACUAAAUCGGUACAAUAUCAUAUUUUAUUUC